CCCCUUUAUUGAGCUGUUCUUAUUUUCGCUCUCUUUCCCUAACCGCCAUCCGACCAUGGCAGCGGCACCAUCGCUGAACUCGUUACCGUACGAGGUACGCCAGACGAUAUAUUCUCUUGUGGCGCGGCAAACUAACUCUAACGACUGGCGAAAAGGACCAAUAUCGACUAUUGCGCAUUACGCAACGGUAUCCAGGGAAUGGCAAGAGGAAUUUGUCGAGCCUAUUAGCUUCAAGGUCAUACGUGUGACUCCGAAACGUCUCAAGUCCUUUUGUCAGAUCGUAACUUCGCCGCGGCGCAGGGCAAUUGUCCAGACGAUCUGUUUCCAUGUUUCCCUCGACAAAUACGACCCUCACCUUGAUGGCGAGCAGGAAACAUGGGCAGAGAGACGACGGAGCACCGAGAUCUUGAGUACGGCCCUUGGGACUUUCUUUCGGGCAAUGACCCAGUGGCAGAGGAGUGAUACCUCUCCUCUCGGCCUGGACCUUCACCUUCUCGUCGAUUCACCUAGUGAUACGUCGUCCUUGGUCGGUAGGAAUGGGGGGCCCCUCGUGACGGGGCGAGCUUUAACAUCGUACCUAAAACUUGACCUAGAGGCCGUAUCAUUACCACACAUUGACGUCUUCAGCGGGUUUCGAUGCACCGGGAGACAUCUGCAACCGACAUCUAUACUAGCUAUUGUGUCUAGGCUUCAGACAUUGGAAUAUCUUGAUGUUGAACUCAACCACGACUCAACACGCCACCGAGACGUCAAACAGAGAAAUAGCUUUGCUUUGGGCCUCCAGUAUUCCGAAACAAUUCGAGUUCUUAGUCUACGCCGCCCCAGCCCAAUGCUAACGCCAGCUCACACACCUCCAAGACAGCCGUGGUCGGCCUUUUACGCCCACAUGCGGGCAUUCGGUCAGCAGUGCGAAUCUUUCGAAUUCGACGAUUGCAUCGACGCUCUCCAAUUCUUUACACCGUUCCUCGUUGGGCCGGGGAUAGCAGAGCCGCCUAAGGGCCAAGAGGUGCCCUUCUUUUCGCGGUUGAAGAGGCUUAACAUACGCAACUCGUACAUGAUGAAGGCGCCAUAUUUGCGUGUCACGAAUAGGGUUGAAGCCUUAGCAUCCGUUCAUAACGUUCUCGUAGCGAUCGGGCGGGCGACCCGCCGUAUGCCAGCGCUGCUAUUCGCUCGCGUCUGUCAAUAUGUCCUUACUGAUGGACAAUUGGAGUGGUUCGUCCUUACGUAUGAAUACCAUGCUGGUAAAGCUGUAAUACGCACCAAGGGCUUCAAACCAGGGAAGAUAAUGGUCAGUGCUUGGAGGGAUUCUGCCGCUGAAAAGGGCGUAAAGCUUAUAAUUCACUAUGAGAAGGACGAUCUUAAUGUACCCGAACUCUGAAUCAUUUAACUUGUUAAAGACAGUUCCUUUUGUUUUUGGUUUUUUCAAUUCUGAGGCAGCGAGGAGUUAGUCAUUGGAAAAGGGGGGCCACAUUGUAUGUCAAAUUUCACGUGUCGGUAGACACCGUCGAAUAUAAAGACGAUGGAAACGAACCGCACUCUCCAUCAGGUUCAAAUUU